AUGGCUUCGACAACACCAUCACCAGAGCCAGUCUACACCCAAGGCCACAGUGCCAGCGUCUUAGCAUCGCACCAAUCGCGCACCGUGGCAAACUCGGCCUCGUUUCUACUUCCACACUUGAAGAAUGACAACUCAAACUCCCCCUUCACGCUGGUCGACCUAGGCUGCGGUCCCGGCACAAUAACCAGCGGAUUCUGCAACCACGUCCCGCCCCGCGGCAGGGUGAUCGGCAUUGACGCCUCCGCCGCGGUCAUCGCGCAAGCCGGCUCCGCCCACCCGGAGUCGACGUACCCGAACCUAGAGUUCCGCGUGGGCGACAUCACCACAGCCCAGCUCCCCUUCGCAGACGGCUCCGUCGACGUGGUCUUCACGCACCAAACGCUGCUGCACAUCCCCAUCCCCGCCGCCGAGCGCGUGGUCAAGGAGGCCCAUCGCAUCUUGAAACCCGAUGGCCGCGGGGUGCUGGCGAUGCGUGAGGCCGUCGCGCUCCUCUUCGAGCCCGCGAACCCGGGCACCGAUGCGUACGUGAGGUGUGUGGACGCCGCGGUGCGCGGGACGGGCGCGGCCGGGUUCCAGGCCGGGCGGAGUCUGCAUGUUUGGGCCGGGCGGGCUGGGUUUGACAGGCGCAAAAUGCUCGUCGGCGCUGGUGCGAAUUGCUAUGCUGGGCCGGAGGGCGAGGCGAGGUGGUGGGCCGACGUGCAUGUCGCGAGGCUGGAGGGGGAGGUUGGGGCAGGGUGGCUUGAUCGUCAGGUCGUGCGUGGGAAGGCUGAGAUUGACGAUAUGAAGGCUGGUUUGAAGGCUUGGGGAGGUUGUGAUGAGGCUUGGGCUUCGAUCGUGCAGGAGGAGGUUCUUUGUUGGAAGUGA